AUGAAUGAUGCUUAUAUUGUUAUAAAUAUAUCCACUACUAUUCCAGAUGACCAAGGGGCUUACUUUCCCAAAGAUUUUUCAGAAAUCAUAGAAUUAGCUUGGGUGAUUGUGGAUGGAUCUACAUUAGAAGAAAUAUUCAGCGAUCACUUGUUGGUUCGCCCAGUUAAUACUCCAAUAACAAAUCUUUGCACUAGCAUCACAGCAUUAACAUGGGAUCAUGUUCAAAAUUCCAUGGGAUUUUCAGAGGCGAUAGCGGCGCUGGACACUUCGAUCCAAACCCAAAUUCCAGAAAGUGAUAUUAUAUUUGUGGGAUUUGUUGCUGCUGAAGUUCGAGUUCAGAUUUUGCGUGAAGCUUUUGACAAGGGAGUGAUUUUACCGCCCUAUCUUCAGUGUCCCAAAUUUUUUGAUCUAAAGACGGAGUAUAGUCGAUGGCAUAAGCAUCAUCCGGAAAUACCUCACCUCAUCCCAAUAACCCUAGCUUCUGUAUGUAACAAUCUCGGGAUUGCACCACCUUCAGAAAAGCCUAGAGAGGUGUUGGGAUACAAUGUGGAUCAGGAACAUUCUGGAAAAGCAGCAGAAGAAGUUGUGACUGUUUCACGAAUUUUAGAAGCAUUAAUAAAACAAGCCCAACCGAUUGAACAACAUCAAGAUGUUUUCGCGCACCCCAAUGAUUUGAAAGAAGAUAUGCACGCGUUUAUGAGCGAGUGUUCGAAUAUAAUAUUUUUAUCAAAUCUUCCACACGACACGACGCAAGGCGAGCUGGAGUCAUGGUUUACACAAUAUGGGGGGCGGCCAAUUGAUUUUUGGACUUUGCGGGUUCCAGACCAGGGGAAAGCAAUAGGGAGUGGGUUUGUUGCUUUUUCUACGCAUGAGGAAGCGAUUGGAAGCUUUAGCAUGAAUGGUAAGUGUCUCAAUGAUCGGGUUAUUGAGGUGUUCCCAUCAUCACCAAGUGUGUUAGAACAUGCAAGCGACAUAUUGGUUCAUUUCCCACAAAGUAAAAAUAGGCCUCGGCCUGGGGAUUGGAACUGUCCUAAAUGCGGGUUUUCCAACUUUCAACGACGCACGGCAUGUUUUCGCUGUUCAUAUCCAUUACCUACGAAAAGUAGCACACAGGCCAAGAAUAUCAUGCAUAACAAUAAUCCAUCAGCCGAGCACUCGGACCUUGACCCUGAAUACACCGAAGAAUGCCAGGGCCCGGAAAGUGGGGGCUAUAAUAUCAACCUAAAACGAGCAAAUACUAGCUCUGCGGCGGCAGGAUAUGCUGGGUAUCCUUUGGGACCAAGUUCCAAAGGAUAUUCAGGGCCGGACACUCAUCGAAGCCAAAAUACCAUAUCUAAGAAUAUGACAGGGAAUGGUACUCAUGACAGCUAUGGUGGAGGUAAUAAUAGUGGUUCUAAGGGGGGUGAAUUAGAAGUAUAUGACAAUGGAGUAGGAGGAGGGUAUAAGAAACACCAUCAGUUUAUUAAUAAUGUUAAUGCGAAGAUGAAUGAGAAUGGAAAUAAGGGACAUGGAUAUACUCGAGGGAACGGACAAGGCGGGAAUAAAGGCAUUCAUCAAAACCUGGGGAAUGACGAGCUUGAAGGUGGUGGUCUACCGAAUGGGGGAGGAGGAGGAUUUGAUUCACCCCACAUUUUAGGGGGUGCGAAAAAUCCCCGAGAACACGACAGAAAUGGCAACAAUAAUAAUGGCAAUAACACCGGCAGCAUAGUAAACAAUAAUGACAAUAUCAACAAUAAUAUCAAUAAGGAUAAAGACAAGGAUAAGGAUGAAAACAGCACUAGUAAUAACCAGUCACAUGGAAACGGACCUGCGGUGCCGUUUAGAGCAGGGGACUGGAAGUGUGGGCGCGAGGGAUGUAAUUAUCACAAUUUUGCCAAAAAUCCCCGCAGCAACGGCCAACAGCAGCAACAGAAUGUUGGAGCAGGUCGAGGAGCCUAA